AUGACAGUUCAAUACUGGAGGAUAAAAAUGGCAGCUGAACUUUACGAGACUGUUGCUUGGGGGCGGAAGAGCAAUGGAGAGAAGUUUGAGAAAAUGACGAUUAAGCGGAAUCUACCUGGAGAUGACGAUGUGACCUUUGAUCUCAAAUAUUGUGGGAUUUGUCACACCGAUGUUCAUAUUGCCAACAACGAUAUGGGACACACCCACUACCCUGUUGUCCCUGGUCACGAGCUGGCAGGGGUUGUUACUGCAGUAGGUAGCAAAGUUACUGGAUUCAAGGUUGGAGACCAAGUUGGAGUAGGGUGUAUUGUAGACAGCUGUAUGUUAAUGUUCAGGUUGGAGACCAAGUUGAAGUAGGUUGUAUUGUAGACAGCUGU